UUUUCCGGGAAAGUUUACGCCCGAACACCAAGACGCUCUAAUGCUGAUGCAAGUUUAGUGAGUGCUCAGUCAGCUGUGUUCACACGUGUGAAAGAUGACAGAUUGCCAAGGAGACGUGGAAGCAGAAAACAGUCCCAUGGAGCUCUAUAAGAAACUGGCAGAACUGGGAGACAAAGUGAGGACUCUAAAAACUGCAAAAGCUGAGAAAGCUGAAGUUGAUGCUGCGGUCCAGUUGCUGCUAAAGUUGAAAAUGGACUACAAACAGAAGACUGGUCAGGACUACAAAGCUGGCUGUCCUCCCUCAGAGAACGGCCCUGUAGCAGAUGAUGGGAAUGAUGAAGAAGAUGACGUUAACCCAUGGAGUGUCACCACCAGCAACGCUAAGGGUGUCGAUUAUGAUAAACUCAUCGUGAGGUUCGGCAGUAGUAAAGUUGACCAGCAACUGGUGGACCGGAUAGAGAAAGUGUCAGGACAGAAACCUCACCACUUCCUUCGUCGGGGAAUCUUCUUCUCACACAGAGACAUGCAUACAGUUCUGGAUGCAUAUGAAAAGAAGAAGUCCUUCUUCCUAUACACUGGCAGAGGCCCAUCAUCGCAGGCCAUGCAUGUUGGUCACCUCGUCCCUUUUAUCUUCACCAAAUGGCUGCAGGAUGUAUUUGACGUCCCUUUGGUGGUUCAGCUGACUGAUGACGAGAAGUACCUGUGGAAGGAUCUGACACUGGAACAGUGCCAUCAGUUUGCUGUAGAAAACGCCAAAGACAUCAUUGCGUGUGGCUUCGACAUCAACAAGACCUUCAUCUUCUCUGAUCUCGAAUAUAUGGGUGCAUCACCUGAAUUCUAUAGGAACGUGGUUAAGGUCCAAAAGCAUGUGACAUUCAACCAAGUCAAAGGUAUCUUUGGCUUUACAGACAGCGACUGCAUUGGAAAGAUAAGUUUUCCAGCCAUCCAGGCGGCUCCAUCCUUCAGUAACUCCUUUCCACAUGUUUUCGGGGACAAAAAGGACAUCCAGUGUCUCAUCCCCUGUGCUAUAGACCAGGACCCGUACUUCAGAAUGACCCGGGACGUCGCUCCGAGGAUUGGCUAUCCCAAACCUGCCCUGUUGCACUCCACCUUCUUCCCAGCCCUGCAGGGAGCGCAGACCAAGAUGAGCGCCAGCGACCCCAAUUCCUCCAUCUUUCUCACAGACACAGCCAAGCAGAUCAAAAACAAGAUCAACAAAUAUGCGUUCUCGGGGGGUAAAGACACAGUGGAGGAACACCGUCAAUAUGGCGGCAACGUAGACGUGGACGUCUCCUUCAUGUACUUGAGCUUCUUUUUGGAAGAUGACGAACAACUGGAGAAGAUCAGACAGGACUACACAAGCGGCGCUCUUCUCACCGGAGAACUGAAGAAGAUUUUGAUUGACACCCUGCAGCCGCUCAUUGUCAAACAUCAGGAGCGACGCAAGCAAAUCACGGACGAGACUGUCAAGAGGUUCAUGACACCCAGGCCUCUGAAUUUUAAACUGUAGCUUGCUUAAUAUGACAACAAUAACUAUUGUAAAUCAUGUUAUUACUGGAAGAAGUAACAAAAUUGUCUUUGCGGGUAAAAGGAAGAUGUUUACAUCAUAUACAGGAAGGAGGACAUGUGCCUCUGUCUCAUAUUAAACAUUGCAAUGAUGUUGUCAUGCAUCUCCACAUUUGUCCUAUUUAAAAGUGUGAAAAAUGAAGAGAUGUUUUUAUGUUAUUAUAAAAUCCUUAUAUUAUUUAAGGGACCUUCAUUUAUUAUCUUCCUCAAUGGAGCUAAAACCAUGUCAUCAACAAGCAUGUUGCAUAUUAAUGUGUCUUUUUUGUAGGGACUUGAAUGCUUGCAGAACAUAAAUAUGCCACAUCUAAGUAUCAGUGUUUCAGACAUUUAGGGAUCUUUUAACACUAGAUGAUUACAAUAAAAAAAAAUGCCUGAAUUCCACAUGGCAAGAUCUUACUGUGCUCUGUCUGUUAUGGGUUUCUGGUUCAUGUAAGUUAAUGUUGUUACGAACAUUGCUUUGGAUACCUUCUAAUCACAUGACUAAUAAAAUAUUGUGAAAUCUUGUCCCCAAACAA